AUGGAUGCUCUUGAAAUUAACGACGAUGAAAACGAAAAACGACACAAUCAAAAGCGACGUGAUAAAAGAAAGAGCGUUGGUGUUGGAUUUUUAACAACAGAACAUCGAAGAAGUGGAGCUCAUCUCAGUGGUAGCGCUGCAGGAACAACAACUUCACGAACAUUAACAUCUUCAGAAUUGGAAUCUCUGUUUCAAAAUUGUAUCAAAUUAUCAUCUGAAAAUAAGAUUAAUGUCAAAAAUACGUGGAAUUUGAAUUUAAUUGAUUAUAUUGGUGAAGUUUUAGAAACAACCCUUACAGGUGGAAGUUUUCAAGCUGCCAGUUGCACUCUCGAUGCGGGUGUUAAAAUUUAUUCAACUCGUGUUGACUCUGUUCACACAGAGGCCUACAAAGUAUUAACAAGCUUUGCAAGGGCUGAUCCUCAAAAGGGGUCGUCCUCAGAAAAUAAUGAAGAAGAAGAUGGUGCCAACAAAGAUGGAGACGAAAAGUCUAAAAAGAAACGGGUCAGGCAUGGUGUUAACACUCUUGAAACGAACAUUAAUAACAUCACUGUCAAAAAGCUCGAACUUUCCUAUGUGAUAGAACCUUUGUACCAUACCUCGUUAGGAUCUUCCAAUAAUUUUGAUGUAGGCAGCGCCAAUUCUCUGCUUUUAAACAAUUUAGGCCUUGGAUACGGUUGUGAAGUUAUAAUAGACUCGAAAAAUUGGGACUAUGCAUACAUGAAAUCUACAUCUGAGAAUAAUCGUCCUAAUCAAACAAAACAAACAGCAGCGACAACAGAGCAACAACGACAGGGAGCAACAUCUGUCCAUGAAGAAGAAGAAAGAAUUCAUCCCAUUGCUUUGGAUAAGAGCGCAAUGGGGCGACUGUUGACUACAUCAUUCGUCGAUGAGAAAAUGCUUGAAGAAAUGGAAGAACGAGCCAAACUAACGCAGCAACAACAACAAUCCGCUCAGCAACAAGAGAAUGAUGGCAUGCCAUUACAGCUGCAACCCUUCUCCACCGAAGAAAAUCAAUCCCAACCUACUGUAUUAACAUCUGAUGCAAACGGAUUUGCUUCGGAUCAGCCACCAUCACUCACAGACAAUUUCACCUUUGAUGUCGGUGGAGGUUUUGGAGGCGGAAUUGACGAUUUUGGUCCACCAGAUACAGCCACGACAGAGAAUGGCAUCAUACCUCAAACUUAUGGCAUGCCUCUCGACACGACCACACAAAUACCUCACAAACUUUCAAUUGGUGGUGACGCUGCCAAUGCCUUAAUUACUGCUGUGACUGAGGUUGGAGGUUUGGCACCAGAUCACUUUGCAAACGCCCAUCAUGACGAUGACGAUGAUGACGAUGAUGGUUUGGGUAUAUUUGACACAGAUUUUGCCAACUCAGAACCACAAGAUGUUGUACCCCAAGAAAUUGGAGAUGAUGACACUGUUAUCAUAGAGCAACAGAACAAGCUUCAAGCAAAUGAGCCUUCACAACCAACAUCAAUCACUGAAAUGAUUCAAAAAAAUCCUGAAACAAUCACAGUCGACAACGACUAUGAAUACUUUGAUGCCACCAAGAUUAAGCAUUGGGCUGGUAUUGAACAUUGGAAGCCAUCAGCGAAAUCAAAAACUCAAGGCACAAAUGCAAAGAAAUCGAAAAAACGAACACAAAAGUCAAAACCUCAUGUCUUUGACUUUUUAAACGACCCUUCUUCCAUUGACUAUUCUGUACAAUUCAAGUAUUCCAAAAAACCUGAGGACAAUCAAAUUAAGAAUUUGCCAACCAAGCUGACCUUACUCCCUACAGACGUUCAUUAUGAUUUAAGCAUGUUGUUGAGACCAUUCAAUCUUCCAGCCGCGUUUACAGAUAAACAUUUACAAGCCGUUGUCGAACAGGGUGCUCGAAGUAAAACAAGCUCCUCCUCAAGUGCAAACAGCAAUACAGAACCACCAAAGACUACGGCACCUGAAAGACUCACCCAAGAUGGAAUGUUUAUUACGACAUCCAGUAAAUUAUAUGACGAUAGUGAUGAAGAUGAAGAAAUGGGACUCAAUGCUCCACACGGGUUUGGAGAGAUGGACAUUGGAGGUUUUGAUAACUUUGACACUGGAUUUGGAACGAAUAACACAACAACAGAAGCCGCUCAGCCAUCUGCAGAUGCUACAGCAAUGACUACAAUGACAGACAUUGAAAACAAUCAAACGAACAUAACCAUGGCCACCUCUUCGAUAGAGCCUCCUUCAUCUUUUGAACAUCAACAAGACACUGUAAAUACAAUACUGAACGAUUCAAACAACUCAAUGACCAUGGAAGACAUUCAGCUAAAACCUCAAGAAUUGAACAAUCCAAACGAAGUGACCAUGGUUGCUGGAGCCAAGUUAAUUGAAGCUCCCAAAUUAGUGCAAAAGCUCAAUAUCACCUAUGCCACUAGAGCCAAGCAAGUAGAUGUGAGAGCAUUGAAAGAUCAUUUGUGGACAGAAAUCGAAACGACAUCCAGAACAGACCUUAAUUUCUCAGAUGUAGUUUCAUCUCUAAACACAUCCAAACCAAAGGCAAACGAAAAAAAGCCAGACUUUUCCGAAGUCUCUGUUCCAUUUUGUUUCAUUUGCAUGCUUCAUCUUUGCAAUGAACAAAAUCUUGAGCUAGAAGGAACACCUGAUUUUUCUGACUUUAAGGUAGUAAAGCCAGCGAGUGCUCAAAGAAGAAGAUCAUUAGAGGAGGAAAUGGUCGAUGAUCAAUGA